GCCGCCUCUGCCCUCUUCGGCGGGCGAGACUCGGCGGGUGAGAUGCGGCGGCGGCGGCGGCCGGUGGUGCUGGCGUUGGGCCUGGUCCUGGCGGCGCUGGGCGCGGCGCGGGGGGAGCACCGCGCCGACUACGACCGAGAGGCGCUGCUCGGCGGGCAGGAGGAGGCGGAGGAGUACGCGCGGCUCAGCCCGGAGGAGCAGCAGCGGCGGCUGAGGGCCAUCGUGAGGAAGAUCGACUCGGACGCGGACGGCCUCCUCACCAAGGAUGAGCUGAGUUCGUGGAUACAGCAAUCUUUUAAACAUUAUGUUACGCAAGAAGCUAAGCAACACUUCAACAACUAUGACAAAGAUGGUGAUGGAUUAGUAUCUUGGAAGGAGUAUAAUAUGCAAAUGUAUGAUCGUGUAAUUGAUUUUGAUGAGAACAGUGUCCUGGAGGAUCAAGAAGAAGAAUCAUUUCGACAGCUUCAUUUAAAGGAGAAAAAGCGUUUUGAAAAAGCUAAUAGAGAUGAUGAUCCUGAUCUAAAUGUGGAUGAAUUUGUUGCUUUUGAACAUCCUGAAGAAGUGGAAUAUAUGACGGACUUUGUCAUUCAGGAGGCCUUAGAAGAACAUGAUAAAGAUGGUGAUGGAUUUGUUAGCCUGGAAGAAUUCCUUGGUGAUUACAGAAGAGACCCAACUGCAAGGGAAGAUCCAGAAUGGAUACUUGUUGAGAAGGAUCGGUUUGUGAAUGACUAUGACAAGGAUAAUGAUGGAAAACUCAACCCUCAAGAGCUGUUGUCUUGGAUAGUACCUAAUAAUCAGGGGAUUGCACAAGAAGAGGCUCUUCACCUUAUUGAAGAAAUGGAUUUGAAUGAUGAUAAAAAGCUUUCUGAAGCUGAAAUUCUUAAGAACCAGGAUUUGUUUCUUAACAGUGAAGCGACAGAUUAUGGUAGACAGCUUCACGAUGAACGUUUCUACCAUGAAGAACUUUAGAUUAUUUAUUUUGUGAUCUCUUUUUCUUCCCUUUCUUCCAUUUGGAGCUUUUGUUAAAAGCACCCAUCAGCUCUGUUGCAAGUUGUUAUGCUGUAAUUACAGUACACUAAUGUUUGUGUAAAUAAUUUUCAUUCAAAAUUUAAUUGUCCUCCUGCAGACUUCAUUGGGCCUCUUCUAGCCUUCAAAAUAAUCUUAAAUACUUACCUCCAAAAUUAUAUAGUGUUGGAAAUAAAUUACUUCAGGAGUAGUACUGUGUUGUGAAGAGUUGUCCUACUGUAUGUGAAGAAAAUGGAGAAUAUAAAUGGUUCUGAAAGAAUGCAAAACACAGUAACUGAGAGACUACUAUUUCUUCUAAUCAGUUUAAUUAGGGUGGGAGUGGGGAAGAUGGGGGGAUGUUUAGAGUCAGUAUUAACUGUGUUUUAUUUAAUACGUUUGGAGAAACACUUAGAUUAAUGCCUCAGUUGUUUAAGGGUUUUCUACUUAAUUAUAAAUGGUUUCUAUACUGUGUUUUAUUGUAUCAUAAAACUUGCUAUUUUUACAUCUAUAGACAAUAAUAAUUUUUAAUGUACAGUUCUACAGCAUUUGCAAUACAAUGGUAUUUUACGGUGUUAAGACCCUCUUUAUUUGUUGGAUUAAAAUUUAGAAUAUUGUG